AUGCCUCCCAGAAUCCCCACAGAAGCAGACUUCUCCCCCCUCUCCCCCAUCCUCCCCCACAAACUCCAUUUCCCCUCCCCGCCCGAAUCAACAACCUCCAUCCUCAUCCUCCUCCACGGCCUCGGCGACCACGAACUCCCCUUUGCCACCUUCGCCCGCAACAUGUCCCUCCCCGGCGUCCUCGCCAUCUCCGUCCGCGGCACAUCCCCGCUCCCGGCCGCCUUCGCCGGGGACCAGCAGCAGCAUUUCCACUGGGGCGAUGACCUGAGCGUCGACACUAACACGGGCGAACUGGACCCGGACCCGGGCUUCGACAAGGCUUCGCGGCUGGUCAUGCAGAAGCUGGUUAAAGACACGCUGAUUGACCGGUGCGGAUGGGAGAUGAACGAUGUUCUGUUUUUCGGCUUCGGACAGGGCGCGUCUUUGGCGUUGGGAUUGGCGUCAAGGUUACGAAGUGUAGAACGCAUAAUCGACGUCUCGGAUGGCGAUGAGACGACGAGGAACAAGUUUGGAAAGACGUGCAAAGGCGUCGUUUCGAUUGGUGGACCGCUGCCGCAGUCCAUGGUUCCCUCGUUGAGCAGCCGCGAAAAGAGCGAUACUCCGGUGCUGGUGUGCCAGCUGAGUGAGGAUGAGGCGGACGCUGUGAAGAAAGAGUUUAAGGAUGUCAGGGUCGUGAAUUGGAAGAGAAGGGAAGUGGCUAUGCCGAGGGACAGAGACGAAAUGUUUCCCAUUAUGAAAUUCAUCGCGGACCAACUCAACAAGGGCUUCAGAUAG